AUGGCGCCCGACAACGACCAGUUCUAUGUGCGCUACUACUCGGGUCACUCUGGGCGCUUCGGCCAUGAGUUUCUUGAGUUUGACUUCCGUACCGUUGGCGACGGCCGGAGUGCAACGGCGCGCUAUGCCAACAACUCCAAUUACCGCAACGACUCUCUGAUUCGGAAAGAGAUGUGCGUCAGCUCUACCAUCAUUGCUGAGAUCAAGCGCAUUAUCAAGGAGAGCGAAAUCAUGAAGGAAGAUGAUGCCAAAUGGCCGCAGAAGAACAAAGAUGGCCGUCAGGAGCUGGAGAUCAAGCUGGGCAACGAGCACAUCUCCUUCGAGACGGCCAAGAUUGGCUCGCUUGUCGAUGUCACCGAGUCUGCGGAUCCCGAGGGCCUCCGCGUUUUCUACUAUCUUGUACAAGAUCUGAAGGCGCUGGUGUUUUCGUUAAUCUCGCUCCACUUCAAGAUCAAGCCCAUUUAA